CCCAGGGCGACUUCAACUUCCCGCUUCCACGGUUUUAUGUUCCAUUCACGCUCCAUGAGCACACAUGAACCAGGAUUGCAACUGUACCAUCAUCGUAGCGUUGCUCCAGGCUUGUGUGUUCCCAGUCAUUUGGUUGACGAAUUAGCCUUCUCUGCGCUGAAAAAAAGUAUGUUUCUAUUCGUAUGUUGCUGAAAACUGAUGAUAGAGCUGCCGACUAACAUCAUGGAGAUGAUCCAAGUGCUGUUAUUUUUCACAGGGUUGCUUGUCAUCGUUUUCGGCGCGGUACCAGAACUACAAAUAACCCAAACGGUUGAGGGGAACUGCAGUGCUGCACAGGCAAGAGAUGGCAAUUUCUUGACAGUAGACUAUGAGGGAACUUUCGAUAACGGGACAGUUUUCGACUCUUCUUUUGCAAGAAACGAGUCUUUUAAAUUCACCCUGGGUGAUCCCAGACUCACUAAAGGAUGGAACAUGGCGCUGCAAGGUGCAUGCGUCAAUGACGAACUUCAAUUGAAGAUACCCUACUCCCUUGCUUAUGGCGAAGAUGGCAGGCCUCCCAUCAUACCCCCAAGGACUGACCUCAACUUUUGGGUCCACGUGCUGGCUAUUGAUGACGUUAACCUAUCACUCACUGGAAACGGAGCGGCGGACGGAUUCAUGACAAACGCCACCGACAGCACGUCAGACAUGGAUGACGAUGACGAUGACACAGAAGGGAACCCGGAGCCUUUUGACCCCUCAGGCCUUUUGUACAAGCUGCAGUUUCUCGCCAUCCCAGUGGCAGUCAUUCUCUUCAUCUUGGUCGCCUACUGCAUUUACACCGUCGAGUACCCAGACAGGAAGAUCAAGUUUUACAGAGUCAGCGAUCACGAGAGCGAUGGGGGACUGAAUCGGGUUGUCUGACCUGAGACUAUACCAACAACAAUAGGCAGCCGUGAUAAGGACUGUUAGUAAGUUCACGUGGUUAAGAAGGGCUGAAGAUCUUGGGUAAGCAAUUAGGGAAUUCCUGCACAACACAGAUAAGGAACUAUACAACCCAGCCAGCAAGUAACAACUUUAGCGGACAGCUGAUGGACUUGUUUCACGAAUUAGACUGCUACAAACACGACGGUGAGUGAAAUCCAACUAAGACUGGAAUAUUUGGAGAGUCAGUAGACCUUUUACCAACUCCUUACCAACAAAUUGCCCUUCUGUUUUGCAGGCCGUAGCACCACGGUCAUUUGACGGCAAAACAUGUGUACAUUAUGUCUACAUUUUGAGUUCACUUUUGUGCCAUUAGACGUGAAAUUCGAUAUUUAGCUUUGGCGGGAUCGCAAUGCAUACAGCCGACAUAAAUGCAUUGUGUUUGAUAGCAGUUAACUAAGUUGUGUCAUACAAAUGUCAAGUAGCUACGUAUUUUAAUCAGCUUAAUCCUCGUGGCAAAGGGGAGGGGUGAAACUGCAUAGAUACUUGGAUAGCUACCACAAUACAACUACAGUGAAAGUAUUGGUAAGUUUGAAUAGGUAGGUUUUCCCCUUUUGCCGUAAUUGAAAUUAUUACUCAAAUUCUGGUGGCGUUGGCGGUGAUAUAAGCAGACAAACCCAUCAACUUUCUUGUAUCCGCCCACACUGUGCUGGGUGUAGCGAUAAUUGCUGAUAACUCACAGUGAUUGGGCACGUUUGAAUCUGUCUUGCAUAUAUGUAUGCAUUGGGGAUCUUUGAUUUAUUCCAUGUACUAGAAUUUGUUUUAUUCCUUGUAUUAGAAUAGCAGUCACAUUGUUUCUUACCAACUGUUACAUUUUAAAUUUUUGUUUUGAAAAUAUUUGUUCAUUUUGUGUGGAAUUACUGAAGUAGCGAGGCAAUAAUCUUCCGUAGAUGAAUUUAUGCCCUAGGAGCAUCGUAUUUAUAUACUGGUAUAAUACAAACAUAAAAUCGCCAAAUUCAUUGAAUUCCCUCUGGUUUGCCUGUGACAUUCCAUUUUGGCUUAUCUUUUUAAAAAAAAAAAAAACUACAAACAUGGAAUAACAUUGAUAACAUAAUUAUUAAAUGUUUAACGAGUUAAUGCGAAAAGUCCACUGUACAAAAUUUAUUUGGAUAAGGAAGUCUGCUGCUUUAUACACAAAGCAAAAUAUUCACUUAAAAUGAUUAAAGCAAAGGUCCAGGUCUUUAGCGCUGCAUUUUUGAGCUUUUCUUUUUAAAAUUUGAUAUUAUUGUUUAGACCCUGUACAAUUGUUUUGUUUAUAAAAAAGCAAUAACAAAUGUUUAUAAUUCUGAAGCAAACAACGAUGUAGCAGAAGGCUUCAAACUAUAAAAUAAUUUUGAGAGGGUAAAUAUUUACAUUUAGAAGCAAAGUAAAUUUAAUACUGCUUUAUUUUAGGGUUACCGAUACAUUCAAAUCCCACAAAUCAUCCACAAACGUGUUAUUUGCUAUCGACUUCCCAAUCAACUUUAUGCUUUAAAACACAAAUCGGUAGAAUUAUUCCUUCAAAUUGUGUGAAACUCUUGCUUCAUUGCUAUUGCAGGAAUGCUGUUUUUUGGAACUUACAAUUUUUUUUUUCAAAAUUUUGCAUAAACGUCGUUAUCUCUGAAGCUCAUCAGUGUUACAACAUGGUUAGACGGUUAUCUUUUCACUAAAAUGUUUUGAUUGAUUUCAGAAAGAAA